GUUGGGUGUCCGCGAGAACAGCUUUAUCGCAGUUCAAAGCGCGACUUCCUCUCCUCAGUCCUCUGCGAAGGGCUCUCUGUCGUCAGCCCACACAGGAGGGCUCACACUGUCACACACACACACACACACACACACACACACAACACACUGAACUUCCCGUCAAGACACGGCACGGACGAAAGAGCUGCUGAGAGAAAAGAGAGAGAGAGAGAGAAAGAGAGAGAGAGAGAAGGGGGGGGACGACAUCGGGGGUUGUGAAGAGGAGAGGACACACUCCAGUCCACAGAGACAUGGUGCCAUUGUCCUCCAGCUGAGGUCCCCGGUGCUCGGCUAAUUAGCCUGCGUGGGUCCCUGCAGAGAGAGACCGAGCUAGCCGCAGCACGGGGCGGCUUCCAGAGGCAGCGAGCGGCCGACCGGGAGCUUCAUCUUACUCGUUAGGCGUACAGAUGGGAGCCUUUGUCGGAUAGUCACCCCCCUCUCCCCCCCUUUGACCCCCGCGCCUGCCGGUCGCUCUGACCGAAAACAUGGCAGGGAACCUGAAGAAAGGUGGGGGGCUCAUCGGGAUGAUGAAGGACGCCUUCCAGCCGCACCACCACCACCUCCACUCCCACCACCAGCCCGGGGCCGUGGACAAGAAGACGGUGGAGAAAUGCUGGAAGCUGAUGGACAAGGUGGUACGUCUGUGCCAAAACCCCAAAUUGGCUCUGAAGAACAGCCCCCCUUACAUCCUGGACCUGCUGCCAGACACCUACCAGCACCUGCGCACCAUCUUGUCUCGCUACGAGGGCAAAAUGGAGAUGCUGGGGGACAACGAGUACUUCCGGGUCUUCAUGGAGAACCUCACCAAGAAGACCAAGCAGACCAUCAGCUUGUUCAAGGAGGGCAAGGAACGCAUGUACGAGGAGAACUCACAACCCAGGCGGAACCUCACCAAGCUGUCGUUGAUCUUCAGCCACAUGCUGGCUGAGCUGAAGGCCAUCUUCCCCAAUGGUCUGUUUCAGGGUGACAACUUCCGCAUCACCAAGGCAGACGCUGCAGAGUUCUGGAGGCGCGCCUUCGGGGAUAAGACGAUUGUGCCUUGGAAGAUGUUCCGUCAGUCUCUCCAUGAGUUUCAUCCCAUCAGCUCGGGACUGGAGGCCAUGGCCCUCAAGUCCACCAUAGACCUCACCUGCAACGAUUACAUCUCUGUCUUUGAGUUUGACAUCUUUACCAGGCUAUUCCAGCCUUGGUCGUCACUGCUGCGGAACUGGAACAGCUUGGCAGUGACUCACCCUGGCUACAUGGCCUUCCUCACCUACGAUGAGGUCAAAGCGCGGCUACAGAAGUUCAUCCACAAGCCUGGCAGUUACAUCUUCCGACUGAGCUGUACGCGUCUGGGCCAGUGGGCCAUCGGCUACGUGACGGCAGAUGGAAACAUACUCCAGACUAUUCCCCACAAUAAACCCCUCUUCCAGGCCCUCAUAGAUGGCUUCAGGGAAGGAUUCUAUUUGUUCCCUGAUGGCCGGACCCAAAAUCCAGAUCUGACAGGACUGUGUGAGCCUUCGCCCCAAGACCACAUCAAAGUCACACAGGAGCAAUAUGAGCUGUACUGUGAGAUGGGCUCCACUUUCCAGCUGUGUAAGAUCUGUGCCGAGAAUGACAAGGAUGUGAAGAUUGAGCCCUGUGGUCAUCUCAUGUGCACUUCGUGUCUCACUGCCUGGCAGGAGUCAGAGGGUCAGGGAACCGGAUGCCCCUUCUGUCGCUGUGAGAUUAAGGGUACGGAGCCCAUUGUUGUGGAUCCUUUUGACCCCAAAGACAACAGCGGGGGCUCCUGCAGGGGCAUGUUCGGUGCUGAGGGUGCUCCAUCACCCAGCUAUGACGAUGAUGAUGACGACAGAGAAGACCCCCACCUCAUGAUGAGCAAACUUGCGUGCACGAAGGUGGAGCGCCCCCCUUCACCUAUGUCCAUGGCUCCUCAGUCCUCUUAUCCCCCUGUGCCGCCCAGACUAGACCUGUUACCACACAGACCUCCAAACCCCCCUGGUGCCUCCAGCCCUGGGGUCACCAGUAAGGCAGCAUCUCACCACAAAGACAAGCCUCUCCCUCCCCCCCCAGCGCUGCGGGAUCUCCCCCCUCCUCCUCCUCCAGACCGUCCCCACACAGCCGGGGCAGCUCCCGAUGGACGGCUUCAGAGGCGGCCUUUACCCUGCACUCCUGGGGAGGGCCCCCGAGAUAAGCUCCCUCCUGCACCCCCAAACCGGACCCUGGCUGAUUGGAACUCCCGUCCUGUUCCCAAGGCGCCCAUCUCUUCUUCCUCGUCGUCGUCGUCCUCAGCAUCCUCAUCCACCCAGGUCUCCAGUCUGGGAGUGGACAUUCGAGCAGGUGUCAGGGAACUCUCCAACCGACACUCUCUCCCCUUGGCGCUGCCUUCCGCUCUGGACACACGGUCAGACCCGUACAAGAACAACAGCUCCCUCAGUCUGGAUCACCAGCUGAGUUUUGCGGCAGUAGUCGGUCAAGAUUAUGACAACCCGAAAGUGAAGCCCUCAUCCUCAGCCAACGCUAUCUAUUCACUGGCAAUCAGACCUUCUCCAGCCCAGAGGCAAGUGCCAGGAGAGGAGGCACGUGACAGUGAGGAGGAGUCAGAGUACAUGAUCCCCUCCUCUCGCCCCAUCUUGCCCCCCAUCACGGCACCACCUGUAGGGGAGACCCCACCAGUUCCGAGACCUCCACACUCUCAGCCUCUAUCAGCACUCCAGACACAGACCCAAGCUACUGCACUCAACUCACGGCUGACAAUGGCUGAAGUUGAGGAUGGGCCUCAAAUGUAUGAAGCCAUGUACAACGUCCAGGCCAGGUCACAACAAGCCAGAGAUUCAGACUAUUCAGAGUUGCCCCCUCUGCCGAUGACCAAUGGCCCAAGAGAGCAUGUAGCCGAGGACAAGGAGGAGGAGGAGAACAGCUACGAUUUUCCAAAACCCCGGGUGCCAUUGGCCACGGCCCGACGGACCCUUUCUGAACUGGGGGCGUCAUCUUCCUCUUCUUCAUCCUCCUCAUCAAGCUCAUCCUCCACAGCUGCUUUCAGCCGCCUUUCUCUAGAUUCGGAUGCUGGAGCUGCAGCACCCUUCUCAGAGCCGGUGGAAGCACCAGAGAGACCUCCAAAGCCCCUGCCCAGACGGAUCAACUCGGAGCGUCGACUAAGCCCUGUCCCACCCGUCCCUGUUCCACCCAGUGGUGGAGCAACUGGAGGAGAAGCCAACCCCCAAAUCAGUAGCGAAAUUGAGCACCUCAUGAGUCAGGGAUACUCUUACCAGGACAUCCAGAAAGCACUGAUGAUCGCACAGAACAAUAUCGAAAUGGCAAAGAAUAUCCUACGCGAGUUCGUCUCCAUUCCCUCCACCGCGCAUGUUCUUACAUAGCACACUCCUUGUGCGUCGCUCUCGUUUGCUCUCUCGCCCUAGCUUGGCCCAGCCUGGUCGGGCUUAGGUUGGCACAGCCCAGCCCAAAGCCCAUUGCCUGCAGCGCUACCUCCGGUGCUGGCUGACGCCCUACAUCCCUGUGGAUUUUUUAACUGGCUGUUACACCAGUGAGCUCACAGCAUCUCUGGGACUUUGCGCCCUGCACUCCAUGCGCUUUCAACAGUGUCUGGCCUUCUCUAAACUGCUACAGCAGGCCUCGUCGUUUUCAUGGACAUCUCUGCGGGAGGUACCGAGCAUGUGUGGAACAAUGACAGGACAAUAAAUGGCACCAGACUUUUGUAGGAAUCCUGGGAAGACAGAUAUCUCAGUUGUUGAAGCCUCUGUCAUUCUGAAAAUGUAACCAACACCUCACAAAUAAAACUGAAAAUGUAUGUCUAUAUAAAAAUUUAAUAUAUGAGUAAAUAUAUAUUAAAUGUGUGUAAUAUAUACAGUACGUGCAUAUACAGUAUGUUAAAAAAAAAAAAUGACUUCAGCUUUGAGGGUUCCUGUUGGUACAAGUGAUAUUGGUAGGCGGGGACCAUUUUAAAGCCCUUUCUCAGACUUAGGGAUGUGAGAGUGUGGAGGAAUAAACGUGAGGAAGAGUCAGGAUGUCUUCUUCACCAGGAUGUGUCGGCGUCAGUUAAGAAGAUGUGCAGCAGAGCUUUUUCAUUAUGAAUUCAGUCUGUUAUGGCCUUUGAUUAACAAUGUUGCUUUGGUACUUUUUCAUUUUUUCUUUUUCAUUUUUUUUUUUUUUAAAAACAUGCUUGUUUUGUCGUGUUGUAUUUUUCAAAGUAGCAUGGCGAUGGUUUCAGGUCUGAACUGUUGUCUGGCAGUGUGUGUUUCUACGUGCGGGUUUGUGUAUGUUAGCAUGCAUGUAUGUGCGUGUCUGCCAGACCUACUCCUCAUGACCUUCUCUUAAAUGAACCCCUCUGUUCCUGUACAACAUGAAUGUGGAAUUACAGUCAGUAUACUCUGUAAACGUACUACUGCUCUAACUCAUAUGGCAGGGCCUUGUGUAGCUGUACAGCCAGGCAGUGAGAUUAUUAAGAGGACGUUCUAAUGUUGAAGACCCUGCAGUACCAGACAGGCUAGUGUUGUGUGAUCCGUGGUGGCUGAAAUGUUUUCAUUGUGUCUUUGUCUCACUUCAUUGGCUGGCUGGUUAAAACUUUCUGUCUCCAGCUCAGUCCAGUGUUAUGAAACAAAAAAAGAUGACAUUGAUUUACUUUGGUAAUAUUUUAUUGUAAUAUGAUCAUAAAAAUAUUAUUAUUCUAAUUAAUUCAGAAGUGCUUCACUGCUGCUACUAUUGUAAGUGCUAAACAAUUAAGCCUUAAAUGUACAUUUGUGAAUAUUGUGUUAACCAGUCAUCCUGUUUCUUUAAAGUGACAGUAUCAUCUGCGUGUCUCUGGUCCGUAAUGUAGCAUACUUGAAAGUACAAACGGUUUGGGAGCCUGCAGCCCUCUCAAGCCGUCGACUCUUCGGUGUUUAAAACGUUUUUUGUUUUUUUUUAAAUAUAUUCUCUGUGAUUCUCUACAGGUAGACUCUGCAAUAAAGCAAACUAAAUGCUUUUGCAAUGGAAACCAGCCGUUUUGUAAUAGAUUCAGGCUUCUCUUUCACAUUAAUUUCCUUUCUCUGUGGCAGCUCACCCCAACUGACUGGAAGUGACUGCAGAGGCUUUAGAAAAAGUAGGCUUAUGGGUUUGCUGGCCCACCCCCAAGUCUACUUAAAAAUCAGUAUUUGGGCCAACUGUAAGAGCUAACUCAGGAAUAAUGUUCAUCCAAACAAGUGGCGCUCAUCCGCGCUGUCAAAAACCCAAAGGAGACUCAUUGGCAUAAACAGCAGCUCACCUGAUGUCUCUUCAUCCAGGUGACAUGUAGCCAAAAGUAUCCGCUUAAUGAAGUCACACAAGUAGCCUGUUUUUUUUGUUUAUUUUUGUUGUAACAUAACUUGCACAUUGUUCCUCUUAUUUCCAAUGUUGGCAGGACUAAAACAGCAGCUUAAUUGCCAGGUACUAUGAAUGAAUAAGAUAAAUAAAUGCAAGGAACUCUGAGGUACAUUGACUUGAACCUCUCCCAGCAUAUGAAGAAGACUGUUUUUAGGGGAGGGUGUAAAUCAUGUCAAUAGCCAAUCAGCACUAGCUUAUUCUGGGUAAAGCUGUCUGUUGACUGGAAGCUAUAUCUGCGCUGUCUGGCUAUCCUCUUGUUUUUUUUUCCCUGUUCCUAGUUGCCUUGAGAAACUUCUUGAAUGAUGGGUAAUGGACGGGGUCCUCAAUCCUCAAUUCUGCACCAAUGUUUUGUUUAUGCUUUGAGGAUGCUUUGUUGGUAUUAUUCACCUCUACUUUGGGGUGGUUUUCUACCAAUUUGUGCUUUGAUACUGUCACUCUAAAGAAAAAUCUAAUUGUUCAAAGUUAGUAACAUGAAAAGAAAAAAAUGGCUGUUUUAUUUCAUUUUGCAUUCCUGUACAAGUAUUUUGUUCCAAAGGUUUUGUUUACUUCUGUGAAUAAUUCUGUGAGCAGUGCCAUAUGUUUAGAGAUCCUCACCGUGUUAAGAGUAAGGCCUUGAUUUUUGAAGAGAGUUUGUUGGUAUUGAUCUGUACCUGGUGAUCUCGGAAGGCUAGAUUGUGCAGUAUUGCUUGUAUUUAUCUGUCCUCUCUGCCUUGACGUGGCGCAUCAAGCCUCAUCGUGGAGUACCAGUGCUGAUCUGGGAAAAGUCUCCUUUACUUCGUCUUUCUUGCCUGAAAGAUAAACCAGGUCCCAGAUCAGCGCUCAGCCUCAGAGAUGCUCGAUGUGUACCAGCCUGUUACCCUCAGUCCCUGUGUUGGGGUACUUCAACUCUCUGCCAGAAGAGGGAGCUGUUGUUCCAUGUUGUGUCGCUUCUCAUCAGUACAAGUCAUCCAUUAACUUUUUGAUGGUUUUUAAAAGCUCAUAUCACUUUGGAAGUAUGCACAGUGCUGUUAAUAAAAUGAUAAGUAAAAGCUACCACAUUUGUUUGCUCUCUACAUGCAUAUUCAAAUGUGUUUAGCUUUUAGAUGCCAGAGAAAUAUCAAAUGCAGGCAAGUUGUUAAUAGUGACACUGAUGAGCAAUGUGUCUUUAUAACAGAAAAAAAAAAUCCUUUGGAUACUCAAGUAAUUUGUGAAGACUCAAUCAACUGCUAGACUUACUGAACAAUUAAUUAAUUUAUUCAUUAUAGUCCUUACAGAUGUGUUAUUCAGAAAUUGUAAAACUGGUAAAUAAUACUCGAAAGUAAAUAUCUUUUCGUUCUCACUUCCACAUUAAACUGACGAAUUGCAGACGAAAUUGCUAACUUUAGCCAAAUAUUGUAUUAGAUGUAAGCCAUUGAAAGUUAAAGUACUGUAAUGUAUUCAGGUGAUUAAAAUAUGAAGCAUUUCAAUUCACAUUCAGGGGCCACA